AAAAUUUAGGAGCCAAAGUAUAACCUCCCACAUUUUUAUGGCAAAUAGCAUUUUCCCUCCAGUUGUUUUGAAAAUAAAUUAGAAAAAAUUACAAAGGUUAACAGUAAAAGUUUCAAAUUUUUUUUUAAGGAUUAAGGUGAAAAAGUUCUAAAAUUUAAGGAGUCAAAGUGCAAUUUUCUUUUUUUGUUUAUGUGUUGAUAUUGUCCGUGCUGGUCGUGUGCUUCCCUCACAUGGCCACUGGUUGAUCCUCUAGUCUUCUUUGUUUCUUCCGACUCUGUUACACACACACACACACACACAAAACCCUAGAACUCAUAUCAAAUUCCAAAUCAAAUUCGAAUUCAAAACCUGGAACCAAAAAUAUUCGAAGCUGGAGACUCUCGCAAUGGGCUCCCAUGGGGGGUUCGGCGAAUCCAAAGACUUCCUCAUCCUCGUGAAAUCGAUCGGCGAAACCCGAUCAAAAGUCGAAGAGGACCGAAUUAUUCUUCGCAAGAUCGAAACCCUCAAGCGCCAAAUCACCGAACCCGACAUUCCCAAAAGGAAGAUGAAAGAGUUCAUCAUUCGCCUCGUCUACGUCGAAAUGCUCGGCCACGACGCUUCUUUCGGGUACAUUCAUGUUGUGAAGAUGACUCAUGACGAUAAUCUUUUGUUGAAGCGAACUGGGUUCUUGGCUGUGACUCUGUUUUUGAAUGAGGACCAUGAUUUGAUUAUACUGAUUGUGAAUACAAUUCAGAAGGAUUUGAAACCAGAUAAUUAUUUGGUGGUUUGUGCGGCUUUGAAUGCGGUGUUGCGGUGCUUCCCCAGGUGGUGGAGUUGUUGGGGCACCCGAAGGAGGCGGUCAGGAAGAAGGCGGUCAUGGCGCUUCAUCGGUUUUAUCAGCGGUCGCCAUCGUUUGUCGCUCAUCUAGUCUCUAAUUUCAGGAAGGGGUUAUGGGUGCAACACUCUGUCCGCUCUUUGAUCUCAUCACAAUAGAUGCUAAUUCUUAUAAGGAUUCAUCAGCUUUGUAAGUAUUCUUAAGCUAGUAGCUGAACGCAGAUUGCCAAAGAUUUAUGAAUAUCAUUAGAUGGCUGCUCCAUUCAUUCAGAGUGGCAGUCAUAAUCUAAAAUACAUGGGCAUUGAUGCCCUUGGUCGGUUGAUAAAGACAAGUCCAGAAAUCGCGAUUGAUUGCUUAGAGGACCCAGAUAAUACUCUAAAGAGGAAAACUUUUGAACUGCUGUAUAAGAUGACGAAAUUCUCCAAUUUAGAAGUUAUUGUUGAUUGUAUGAUUGAUUACAUGACAAACAUCAAUGAUCAUUACAAAGCAGAAAUAGCAUCUAGAUGUGUCGAGCUUGCAGAGCAAUUUGCACCAAGCAACCAUUGCUUCAUCCAGACCAUGAAUAGAGUCUUCAAGCAUGCAGUGGAUUUAGUAAACAUUAAAGUGGCAACAACUUGAUGCGGUUGAUUUCUGAGGGAUUUGGGGAGGAUGAUGAUACUACAAAUAGUGAGCUCAGAUCAUCCGCUGUAUGUUAUCCCUAAUGAAUUUCUACUGGCUGACUGCAUAUAUUUCCUGUUACUGAGUUAACUUUGAUAAUAUGCUAUAUGUAUUCCCAAUGACUUUACUGGCUUAUG